AUGAUAUAAAUUGUUAACGAUGAUCUGAUCCCUUAAAAUAUCAAGGCGAAUUCUCGAUUAAGGGAUGCCUACAUAAAGUAUUAGGAGUUAGUUUCAAGAGGCAAAAUCAAAUUGAAAAUGAACAAAUAAAUUAAUUGCGAUAUUGGCUAACAACUUUAUUUCUUCAAACACAAGGAUGCCUUGUUUUUUCAACAUCCCGAUAAACAACAAGAAUACUAUGAAGGUUUGUUGAAUAGUCUCACAUAAUAAAUUAAGUAUUUUGAAAAUAUGAAUUAGACCUUAGAAAGCAAUUUCCUACGAAAAGCAAUUACUUUUAUAAAUUUAAGCUCUGAAUCAAUAAAAAUAUACGCCGGAUACUUUGAAAAAUGAAAUAAUCUCGCUUUUCAAAAGAAAGAUCUCGUCAUUAAAGAUCAGAAAACAGAGAACCUUUUAGUAAGAGGAUAAUGUUUAAAAGCCAUAAGCCGAGUCAAUUUAUAAGUACAGAAUAUAGUGGAUUGACAACUAAAUAAUAAAUUUGAAUUAACGAUUAGAGAGACUUAAAAUUGAUGACGGGAUCAAAAUUUAAUAAGACAAUCAAUAAGCAUUAUAUAGUAAUAUCUUUGUGGAUGAUGUUGAAAUUUAUUUGAGAAAUAAGAUUUAUUUUGAUAAAAUCAAAAUGCCAUUUCGCAAAUUGAAAUAUGUUUUAAAAUGGAUGCAUUUCUUGGAUCGAUUUGAAAUCUAAGAGAAUGCUAACAAAAUUGUAAAUCAAUUAAGAGUCUAAAAUGGCGAAUAGAACCAAUUAUACUUUAAUGAUAUUGUGACCAAUAUUGAAGGCAAACUAAACCUUAAAUAUUGUAAAUAUAUGAAUUUAUUUAAGAAAUGAGUAGAGAUGUUGUGCUCCAAUUAUAAGAAUAUCUGAAACCACUUAAAUUUUCAUUGGAUGAAAGUAGAAUAACUUAAAGAUUUGACCGUCUCCCUUUAGUGAUUCUGACAGAUUAUGAGAUGCAAAAUAGAUUGUAUUAAAUAGCCUCUAAAUUCCUUAAAAACCCUAGACAAUUUGGAGAAUAGAAACUUAUCUUUCACCUAUGCAAUUUAUAGCACAUGCUUGAUGGAUACCAGAAGUAUCUCUAUGCUUGGGACAAAUCCGAGAAAAAUGAAUACGAUGGCUAUAGUGGCCUAUAGAAGUUAACAAUAGAACUAAGUGCCUUUGAUGACUCAGAAGAACUUAUCAAAUAGUUAAAUUACCCAUUACCAAUUUACCCUAACAUAUCACUAUUAUAUGUCAAAAACGAUUGGAAAAUGCUUUUAAAUUGUAAGAAUAUCGUCCCUGAUGAAUACUAAACUUUUAUGACAAAUCAAUUAAACUUUGUAACUGUUGAUGCCUAUACAGAAAAACUGAUAUAGUUAUUACCCAUUCAUUUGAAUAAACCCAUGUAAGCCUACAUAGAUUAACAAAUUAAACAAAUUAGAAGUGAUAAUUACGCACUUUUCAAUAUCAUAGAGAAUAACGAUUACAUUGAAUGCACAAGAGAAUCCUUAAGGUUAAGGUAGAUUAAUGAACUUUAUGAACAAAUAAGCAAUAAAGAGAUCCAUUAUAGACAUAAGACAAAGUUCAAAUCAGACUUAGUAAAAGCUUUUGAAGAGUUAAUGAUUGAAUUGACUCCUAAAGAAACUCAUUUGUAAGCCUACUUUUCAACAAUGGUUUGCAAGAUGAGAGAAUUCCAUCGCAAAAUAUUUUAUGUUGUUAAUGCUCUUUAGUCAAUCGAAAGAAAACUUACUUUUAGUUUGCUUUCUUUGAGAGAGUGCAAAGUAAACACAACUGUGGACACUUAAUUUCUCAUCAAAGUUAAUUCACUAUUAAAAUCAGAUGCAACUGAAUAAUAAAUGAAUCAACUCAUUAAUCAAAGGAGAAAUGCUGUAAUUUCUUAUAUAGAUGCUACUGAAAAAUCUUCUUAGAAAGUAAAAUCAAACUUAUCGCCAGAACUAAAGUUUUGUAGAAUUGAAGAUGAAAUCUAGUAUUCAAAUGAAGAAUUGCCAGAUGUUUUUGUCCAACAAAAGAUUCAAAAUCCUAUUUAUGACAGUGCCAUUGAGGAAUUCAAAAGGAUAAUGAAAAGAAUAGUUUAAUCAAUAUCACUUUACAUAAAUAAAUAUGAGAAAAUUAGCAGCAUCAAAUCUAUUAAUCCUAUAGUUGAUAGAUUUCAAUGUGCAUUAGAUUGUCUAGAACAGGAAGCUAUAUACUAAUUUUAGAAACUCAAAUUGGUUUAAACUUAUAUGAAAAUAUUUGAUAAUACAGUCGAUCAAUAUCAGGCAUCAGAGAUAAUCGAAACCAUUUUUGAGAUUAUCCAAGCCAUUCCACUGUUAGAUUUAGAGUCAUUUUACUUCAAAGACAGUUACAUUCUUAAUUAAGAUUUAUUGAAAAGUCAAAGAGAAUUUAUGGAACUGUUAAUUAACAAACAAUAGGAACAUGAGAACGCACAAGUCAAAUAAAUACACGAACAAUACUUGUUGAUGCGGAUGCAACAAGAAGAUAUCGAAAGAGUACUCAGUAGAGCUGAGACUCCUAAGAUUGAGUAAAAGACUGCUAGAGACUCUAGAUUGAAUGAACAAUAUGACUAUUACAAUGUAAGCAAUAAAAUGUCGUAGAUCUUUUAAGAACUGAAUUCUACUAAUAAACAAUCUGCAGUCAAUCUAAAUUCAGGCUCAAAAGACCUGAAAAUAAUUGAUCCUAAUGCUAUAUUGCUACCAUUUUAAACUCUAGAGGAUUACAAUGGACUCAAUUUUACGGAAUCCUUGUAUUUAGUUACUGUUAUCAUCAAAACUUUCAAAAACAGCUUUCAAAUGCUUUUAGAAUAAUUCCCUUAGAAUUCUAUAUAGGGCUAUUUAACUCUGCAGAUAGCCUCUUUGAAAUAGGCAUAGGCAUACUAAUAUUAAGAUUAAAAAUUACCUUAUGUUAAAAAGUUUCAUGAAAAUACUUUCUUUGAAUCCGAGUAUGGAUUAAUCUAAAAGUAUUUUGAUAGAAUCAAAUCUACGGUGUAGACUGACAUCAAUCCAUAUAUUCUGAAUGUUUCUUUGUAUGAUUUAGAGAGGACUUUAAAUCAACAAUAGAUUCAAAUCACAGAUAUUGCAGCAAUCAAUAAUCUCUUUGAGUAUUUGAGAUUGAGGAAGCACUUCUUAAAUAUCUAAUUAGAGAUGAAGGUUCAGCACAGAAUACAUAAAAAAAUACAUGGAUAUCAAAAGAUGAGCAAAACAAAUGACUUGUAUUUUAAGAGCAAUUUAGUUGAAACGCAAAGCCAAUAUAAAAAGAACUAAGCUGUAAAAUAUUGUUUUUCUCCAUUUUGUUUUGAGAUUGAUGCGACUUAGGAAGUACCUUUUAUUUUGUUAAAACAAUCUGAAGUGUUAGUUUUCCAUGAUGUAAUAGAAGAAUUUAGAAAUAUCGUAUUAUAUGAUUAGAUCAAUGUGAUGUUUCUCUAAACUUAAAAUGAAUUAAGAUUUAAUUACAUUGAUGAUUAUAUCAAAGCUUAAUUAGAUCUGAAGCACUUUGCAUAGGUUGGAUACUUGCCCCAGAACUCAAAAUUAAGUAUAAAGCAAAUCAGUCAAUAUGAAUUCAAUGAUAAACUGUAAAUGUUUAACAUUAACAUCUAGAUUGUUAGCCAGUCUCCCGAAGAAGCUUUCAGAAAUAGAUGAGUAUUUGAAAUAAGCUAAAUCAGUAAAAGCUGAAUUGUUUAUAAAAUAUGUUAAUAAAUACAAGGAAAGACCGAGAGUCAACUCUUUUCAGAGUGAGAAAAUGCAGAUUUUAAGUGUAAAAAAGGAUUAGAAGUAAAUCAUAUCAAAUAUUAAAGUUUAAAACUAUAUCUAAUAAAACGCUUGAUUUAAGAUUUCUUGAGCAUCACACAACACGAAGCCAUAAAAGUUGAUAUUUUCUAUAAUGAAAUGAGAAUUAAGAGAAUUUCAUAAGUGAUUCCUAAUUCUAGCUAAAUAGAUAAGAGUUUCUUGCUCUCAUUCCAAGAAGAGCAAACGAUUUAUGUGUAAUAAUUUAAAAGGAUCGCUGAGAAAUUGGAAACUCACAUUCAUAUUGAUCAAUUUUAUUCUAGAGAUGACUUUUAAAACCAAAAGUAAUAGGAUCCGAAUAGGGAACUCAGAUAAUACUAUAAAUCCUUAUACCAAUACUUGAUGGAAGUAUUGAGACACAACACCAUAUUUCUAAAUUGGUUUGAGUUAAUGCAUAUGAAUGAACUCUACUUAUUCAAUCUAUCAUUUGAUUACUAUGAUCAAACCAAAGAGAUGCUCUAUCAGGGUAAACUUGGAAAAAAUCCAAUUAAAAGUGUUUUGGAGUAUGAUAAGUAAGAUAUGCCUUGAUAAUUAGGAAUCAAAUGGACAUUAAAUAAUGCAUAUCAGAUUAAGUCAUAGAGCAACGUCCUUUGGUAGCAUAGGCAAUUGAUAAAAUGAUAGAUAAAAUUAAGUCCUUUUAUUCAAUAAACAAAGCCUUUGAACCCUUUCUUCAGUAGAUAGAGCUAUUCAAAUCGAAAAAUAAAAUUAAUGAAAUCACACCAGAAAUCAAGCAAUCAUACUUAAAUCUGUAUUCCAAGACUUAUUACAUUUAUAAUCAAUGUUAAUUCUUAAUAGCCAAAGAUGUAAUAAUAAUUAUAAUAUGAUAUUAGUAUCCAGACUCUGAAUAUUACUAAUAGUAUUAAUAGAUCAAUUAAUGUCUUUUCUUGCAACAUUAAUUCAGCGCUGUUAAUCUAAAUUUCUUCAAAACUAUAUAUGUCAGAUACCAAAAUAUGUAUAAGGUCAAGCAACAAGACUUGUAUAGAAAAUUCAAGAAAUUAAACUCAAAUACUUACUCUGAUCAAAUAAGGAUGAUCAACUUAGUGUUGCCCAUAAAUAAUGAGAAUCUUUUGACUAAUUACCAUAAUGAAUAGCAUUAAAAUGUAAGUUUGAUGUUGUAGGUUCCAGGAGUAAUUGGAGUCAAUGAAAGGAUUAUGCUAAGGAAACAGAAUGUAAAUGAAAUUAAAGAAUAAUGCAUUUCAACUCUUUUGUCAAACACAUAUGUUUUACUAAAAAAUCCCUAUAUCUUUAAUAUGAGCAGUGUGGAGUUGAAACUCUACUAUAAUGAUCUAGAAAUAUAAUUGAAAGAUUAAAAGAUUAAUUUAAAAGAAUUAGUAUAUAAUUAACUUACCAAUACUUCAAUAAAGGCCAUGAAUGAGAAUGUCCAACUGUUGCAGUAAUACUUGAAUAUUGCUCCAGAAUACAUUGAAAAAGCAGAGAUUAUGGAUAAAUUAGUGUCUAAAAUAAACAUCGCUAUUCCAAGAGUGAAAUUCAUACAAAGUUUACAAAGCACUUUAAGUCAAAAGUGUGGAGAAAUACACAGUGCAUUGAAGAUAGCAUUCAUACAAGGAUUUUUGAAUAGAUUGAGGAACAAAUCAAUUCAAACUAAUCUUUUGGUUAGUGGAAUGGGUUACUCCAUCAGUUCCUAAGACAUUGAGGAUUGUCUCAAUAUUUUGAAUAGAGACUUAUACACUUUUGCUGAAAAUGAAAUUGCUGCAAGAAUGGAAACUUUCAAUUUGGUUUAUGAGUAAUAAAAGACUUAGAUUAAGUAAUUGAAUAGAUAAUUGAAAGAAAAGACUUUGGAACAUGAUUAACUGAAGUCGUCCUUUGAUGAAAGAUUAUAAGCACUUGUGAUAGCAAAAAGCAAUAAGAUUUUAUUUGAUCUGGAUAUGCUAAAAUCGAAAUUUAAGGACUAUCAGAAGUAUCUAAUUUAAAUUCUAUAUUUAGAUGUACAUUAGGAUUAGAGGAGAAUAUUAGAGAGUAAAUUGAGAGUAAAUACAAAAUUCAUGUUGAACAAUUGACAUUUGAGAGAGACAGAGUAAUUGAAAAGUUUAUGGACUUAAAAUAAUAGUUAAUAACUCUAUUUACUCAAGAAGUGCAAACUAAUUAAGAUGCUCUGAUUAAAUUCAUUUAACAGAAGACUAAUGAAAUGUUAUCGGAAAUUCCUUUAUAUAAGAGGUCGCAUAGUUAGGGAAAUGAUCUUAAUGAGAAUGGUCAUUAGGGAGAACACUAAAAGGUUGAACUGCUUUUUGAACCCUACAAAUUCACCAAGGCCUUGCAUCAAUUAAAGGAUAAAUGGCAAUAGGAGACUGAAGAUUAGAAGAUCAAUUAUGAGAAAUAGAUCUCGUACAUUUUUAUAUCCUAUUCUUAGAUUUUAUAAAUAACAAUGUUUGGAAUUUGAAGAUUUAUAAUUUUAAUUGAAUGAAAGCAAAAGAAAAGAAACUACUAUGAAAAUGGAGAUUAUUACUUUGCAAUAGACAAUCAGUCUAUUGAUUAAGUAGAAGGAUGAAUACGCUGAAUAAAUUGACUAAUUAAAGUUUGAGAAAAAGCGGAUAUUGAAGGCAAAUGACGAUUAUCAAUAAUAGUUGAAAUAGUAUAAGGAGAAGUUCAAAACACAAGAGAAAAAACGAAAUGCAAUAUCAGUUGAUAAUUAUUCCAUGACUUAAUCAAUUGUUGAAAGGAAAACGUUGCCGAAACUAUUCAAAAGUGAACAAAAACCCAAAUUAAAAUUAUGAUUA